AUGGCGUUUCCCAACCCCGAUGUUGUUUUUGCCGACUAUUGCUUAUACGAUCUAGUCGCAAACCAAAUCCAGGAGAUGGAACUUGUUCGUAGCAAGAUCUUCCAGCUCGAGCAGACACACAUGCAGAUGAAGCAAAAGUACGAAGAGGACAUCUCCCGUCUGCGCCGCGACCUUGAGGCUCGUGGAGGUCCAAGCCAGUCUUCGCACUCCGGUCCCUCGCAGCCGCCCCCACCUUCAAUCGGCCACGGCCCUGCCAACCUGUUCCAGGGAAUCAUGGCUGGUGCUACCGCUCAGGGCGGCCCCGGUCUUGCCCCUCCUCCCCAAGAUGGCCCUCCUCAGGGUGUACCUGCCCAUAUUCAGGGCCCUCCAGGUCUCAAUCCUCCUCCUGGUCCUCCUCAACACGCUCCCUUCGGUGGCUACGGCCAGCCUCCCGCUGGUGUCAAUGGAUACGGCCCCGCACCACCUCAGCCUACAGCCUCCCCUGGCCCUGGCAAGCCCCGAACUAACGCUCGCGGUCCCGGCAUUCCCGGCACCCCUCAGCAGAACAACGCAAACCCUUACCCCGGUAGUCCCGCUAUGGCGCGUCCCACCCCUCCUCCUGCUCUCGCCCAACAACAGCAAGCUCUUUCUCUGCCUCAGCACAACCAGUAUGCUCAAGAGCUCGGUGGCAGUGGCAACCAGUUGGUCGACUUGGCUGUCGAGACUCUCCCCGGCAACCUUAAGCGCGAGGGCGAGGACUGGUACGCUGUCUUCAACCCUCGUGUUCGCCGCACUCUGGAUGUUGAGCUUGUCCACAACUUGGCCCACCAGAGCGUGGUUUGCUGUGUUCGUUUCAGCCGCGAUGGAAGAUUUGUUGCUACCGGUUGCAACCGUUCUGCUCAGAUCUUCGAUGUUGAGAGCGGUCAGCAGGUCAAGCACUUGCAGGAUACCAGCUUGCCCCAAGAUGGUGACCUUUACAUCAGAAGUGUCUGCUUCAGCCCCGACGGCCAAUACCUGGCCACUGGUGCUGAAGACAAGAUCAUCCGCAUUUGGGAGAUUGCUGCUGGUCAGAUCCGCCAUCAGUUUGCUGGACAUGAGCAGGACAUUUAUUCUCUGGAUUACUCAUCUGAUGGACGUUAUAUUGCAUCUGGAUCUGGUGAUCGUACCGUUCGUGUUUGGGAUAUCCCCAACAACCAAUGCGUCUUGUGCUUGACCAUCGAGGACGGUGUCACCACCGUCGCUAUCUCGCCGGACAACCGAUUCCUCGCCGCCGGCAGUCUGGACAAGAGUGUCAGAGUCUGGGAGCUGGCAAGCGGAAACCUCCUCGAGAGACUCGAAGAGGCUGGUGGCAACCCUGGUCAUAAGGAUAGCGUCUAUUCUGUCGCGUUCUCGCCCACUAGUAGGGAGCUUGUUUCAGGCAGUUUGGAUAGGACCAUCAGAAUGUGGGAGCUCCAGAGCCACUACCCCGGCAACCAAAACAUGCCACCAAGAAACCCUCGUGGAGGCAAAUGCAUCCGCACUUUCGAGGGACACAAGGACUUUGUUCUCAGUGUUGCGCUUUCUCCCGAUGGCGAAUGGGUCCUGUCUGGAUCAAAAGACAGAGGUGUUCAGUUCUGGAACCCCCAGACUGGUGAUGCUCAACUUAUGCUUCAAGGACACAAGAACUCGGUCAUUUCAGUGGCACCCAGUCCUGUUCAAGGUGGUCUGUUCGCCACCGGAAGUGGAGACAUGCGUGCGAGAAUCUGGAGAUUCUCAAGAUACGACCCCGCUCGUGGCUGA